UCACCUUUGACCUUUCGAAGACUUAGUUUACCACAGCGAGAUCGUGCAAAAUGUUGUUUAAACACGUCCUCCGGCCCUCGGUGGUUUUGACACGGUUACCAACACUGUACGCUAGGAUAGAGCAAACAGUAUCGCCGGUGUACUGGCGGUGUUACUCAAGCAAGGAACGUGAGAAGACAAAGCAACUAAAAAUCUAUACAAGAACUGGUGACAAAGGAAGGUCCAGUUUAUUUACUGGAGAAAGACGGAAUAAAGACGACGCCAUUUUUGAAGCACUUGGGACAACAGAUGAACUGUCCUGUGCAAUAGGGUUAGCUGGAGAAUUUGGCAAUGAUGCUGGUCACCAGUUCAUGGACAGACUAGAAAAGAUCCAAUGUUUACUACAAGAUGUGGGGUCCAACAUUGCUACACCACGGACGAAGGCACAGGACAGAAAACUAGCUCGUACAGAGUUCCCAUCUGGGUCAGUAGAGGAGCUGGAAGGAUGGAUUGAUGAGUACACAGAACAACUGCCUCCACUCACCAACUUUAUACUGCCUUCUGGAGGGAAAACCAGUGCUUCACUCCACAUGGCUCGAGCUAUCUGUAGAAGAACUGAGAGAAGAUUAGUUCCACUGGUCAGCUCAGGUGAUGUAGAUGCUGAAGUAGGGAAAUAUGUCAACAGACUGAGUGAUUUUCUUUUCACCCUGGCACGUUUUGCUGCAAUGACUGAAAACAAGGAAGAAAAGAUCUACAGGAGAGUCAAAGGUCAAGACAGCUAGGGCAUCAGCAGUACAGCAGUACUAUGACUAGUGAUCUCCAAGCUGAUGUACAUGUAGUGUCUGACUUGGUAUUUCAGACAUGCAUGUUCUUGCAGCAUUUUGUAUGUCUUUGUGGCAGUUCAUGAUUUUUUCCUGAGUGGAAGACUAGAAACAUGUAACGUUAUAUGUAGAAAAUGCCACAAAGAUAUUAAAAAAAUGAUUUUGGAUCCCAGUGAUAUGAUAUCGGAAAUAGUAGCCAAGGAUUAAGAGGAGUAAGCAGUCUUCAGAAUCAGUGAUGCUUGUCCAAUGUUGGCAAUAACACGUUCUGAUGCUAUGAUGAGCGCUCUCUGGUGAUGAAAGGUAGUACUGCAACUUAGUUGAAUACUGGUACGUCUAUUCGUAAAUGGAUGAUUCUUUGACUUAUCCCCAAGUAUAAAGUUGUUUCGUCUAUAUGGGCCUAACCAUAUCCUUCAAGCAGAUGUAUGGUCCGGGUUAGUGUUUUACACGCGUAUAUUUAUAGGCUUUAUAUAGCUAUAGGCUUUUAAGAGGGACCUCCCAUGGCCAGUAUAAAAGCUUUAAAAACGCUGAUCUAAACCCUACUUCAACUUGGAGACUGCCUUACCAUAGACGGUCGGAAUUAAUCAUAUUUUUUGGGGCAAACACUGGGCCUCAGCACGACCACUUGGCGACAAUGUAACCCAGCAACACUCCAAACCUGACCUGGUAUGCUGAGGUCAGCGCCAGGGUUGCCCCGUGGUGGCCGGCCGGGGAAGACCGGCUCCUACUCGGCAUACCCCGCACGUGCCCAUAGCCCAAAUAGCUUGUCAACUACGGCCGUCCUAACUGUCUACACUUCCUGUGGUUGACCUCCUUCACUCGUAUCACAUUGCUUCAUCAACAAGGUAGUAAAAAUAUGUAGACGUAUGCAUCACUACAGAUUCCACCCCCGCAUCAUGUGAAAGGCUGUUCAUAUGUGCAGAUGUCUCAGGACUAUUUUAUUUUAAGAAUUGUAAGAAUAUUAAAGAUCCUGUUUACAUGGCGGAAGGAUACAAGAUUGAACUAGUUUUGUGGUGACAGUGACCACUGACAGCUGUCUGAGAAAUACUGACAGAAACCAUCCCCAAAUUCUCG